AUGUCAACACUGUCUUUCAACUGGGAUGAUGCCCACGCGGACCUCCCCUCAGACUCAGAAGCGACUGAAGAAGACCUUCUCGACAACCCCGUGCUCAAAGUAUCGCGCCCAGUCACAGCGUGUACAAGAUGCCGAAGUGCCAAGAUCAAGUGUGACGGAAAGCUCCCGGCCUGUACCUCAUGCGUCAAAUUCGGCCGCGAAUCCGAGUGCAUGCCCAUCAGUGAACGCUUCAUCCGAGGGAGGGAACCGAAUUAUGUGAGAGCUCUUGAGGCCAGGGUUGAGAAGCUGGAGAAACAGCUCCAUUACGCUCGGUCGCACAUGUCCUCGCAGACCCAGCCUGGUCCUGGUUCCGAUCCCCCCACUGCUCCCGGCCCUUUGGACCAUGGGAACGACGACGAAUGGGGUCCAGAUCGCCGGGAUUCUCUUGACAAUAUCAGGGUCAACGUUGCUCGGAGGGCAGCACGCCUGCAUGGAGAUCAAGAGAUAGAGCAAGUGAUAGCCUCACUGAGCUCAGUAACGAUUAACCCCGUAUCCCAGGAAGACCACGAGAAGACCCGUCUAUCUCUCGCCACCAUCAUCCUGGCCGCUUCCACCAACAAAUUCGUGCCACAGUCCCGUUCUGUUGGACUGCCGCCGUAUGACAAGGCCCGAAAGAUUGUCGACUUUUACAUGAGCAGCGUCCACCAGCUUUAUCCGGCCUUUUCUCGACGAAUUUUCAACGGCCUUCUCGAAGACAUAUAUCGAACAAGCCAGAGGCAGUUCACAUCCCCAGAAUACUGGCUCUUUUGGAUGGUCCUGGCCAUUGGCUCCACAGCCCAGAGCCGGCAGAAGGAUGACAGCCACUACCUAGAUGGACUCGACUAUCUUGCUUGUGCCUUGCCUUUUGCACAAGAAGUCCUUUCACCAGGCAACGUCAAACAGAUUCAGUCGCUUUUGCUCCUGACACUUUACUCAACCUACGAUCCAGACCACUUUGACACAUGGCAGAUUCUGGGCUUUACUUGCCGUGCGAUCCUCGACCAGGGGCCCUUCGCGGACCCUCCUGAGCAUCAUGGCAUGAGCAUAACCGAUGUCAAACUCCGUCGACGAAUUUUCCGCAGCGCCUACUCCCUAGACAGAGCCAUAUCUUUAGCCCAUGCCCGCGCCUUUUCCUUCGCCGAUGACGCCAUCCCCGCCGAAGUCCGCGACGCCCUCGCCGACGACUCGUCCACCGCCGAAACUUCCACCUACCUCUACCGCCUGCGCCGUCUCCAAUCCACCUGGUACCAAUCCCUCUUCCAAGGCUCGCCCUCGCACCCUUUGCCCGACUCGACCGCCUUCAUCUGGCGCAUGUGUCACGACAUGCACGCCUGGUUUUCCACCCUACCCGUCUCCCACAACCCUUCCAUCCGGCAAAUGCUCGAACUCGAAAUGUAUUACAGCCACGUCUUCUGCAUUUCGCCUGGCAUCCGGUCGCCGCACCUCUCCACCUACGGUGAGCUUCUGAUCUUCGAAUACGCCAUCUCGUACAUCAGCGGGCUCUGCGGCCUGGCCGACGCGUCCAUAAACACAGCCUUGUAUACAUUCCACGACGUUCUGCGAUUAUUCUUUGUCGGCACGCAGUUUGCUGCCAUCCUCAGGUCUGAUGCCGCGGACAUUCUACUCUUUUCACCACACACCAUCUCACACUCUGCUUCGCAGCAGGGCGGUGUUACCCCGCCACCUCUGCCUAGGAAGAGGAUGUCGGAUACUAAUACCACCCUUCCCAACAUCGACCGGGCUAUAACCGCACUAGGACAAAUCGGCAAGCUAUUAGAGUGGUACGGUGCCCGGUGGGAGGACGCGCUGUCGCUUGGGGAGACAUUCCAGAUGUAUUCACAGGAUCUGAUGGAGACGCUUAGGGGGAAGAAACAGCAGAUGGGGCAGAGGCAGGUGCAACAAGGGCAUGUACAGGGCCAAGGACACCUGCAGGGACAAGGACAGGUACAGGCACAGGGACUAGGACGGGCGCAUACACAGGGACCGGGUGGAUGGGAGAACCAGCAGCAGCAACAACAACAUCAACAACACCACCGACAACAAUCUUCGGGACCACAUCAUCGGCCUCCACCGAUGCAACAACAGACCUGGCCCCCUGGCGGGUAUUCCUUGAACAAUGGCCAAUAA